CACCGCGGCGCGUCGAUGUCACUUCGCUCUGGUUGGUUAAUUGUAGCUGAGUCAGCCUGACCACAGCGGACGGGCCUGGCGCUUUGCCUCUUUGGGACACAAAGUACCUGGCACUUUACCGAAAGGGGAAUAGUUCAUCGGUCGAUUCGACAGGGGAAGCUAAUGCACGUGACAAUCUACUUCCCAUGGGCGCUUUCGAGAAGAGGCAAAGGGGGGAGGACGAGAGGGCAGAGCAGGUCGAUCGAGACGCUUCAUCAGCUGUCCAUCACGCCCUCUUUCGCAUCUCUCGCCGCCUCCGUUUCCUCUCCAUAUCUGUCUCUCUACCUAUCCAUCCGAGAUCUCUGUCUGACAGCCCCCAACUCCAAGAGUCAAAACGCUGUCUCUCAGGGCUCUGAUCAUCGCUUCUGCUUCGAUUUUACUCCCAGCUGGCUUCUAGAAGAAGACAGCAGGCCUUCCCCUGGACCUCCUGAUAGCCUCCCACAGCAUAAGAGUCGGUCUCGUCUGGCUGCAGUGCGCCCACUCCAGGUACACCGAUUCAUACUUUUUUCCCACUGUUCCUUACAAGAAUCGUGCUGACCAGAAGACUAUAUAGACAUUAUUAUUAUUGACUCAAUCUUAAUCAUAACCAUCAGCCCUGCGUGUUUGAUUAAUUCUCGCUACAUCUUAGCUCGACCGUGGACAGCCGGAGAGACGUCCAAUUUCCGGGAAGCGUCUUGCAGUGUUGAGUCCACGCAAGCAGCGUUGACGACGGACAGACGGAAGGGAAAGGAAAAAAGAAAGAAGGGUGGCCCAACUUAUGUCUCUCUCUACACAUAUGCAGUGAAUCUGGCUGCUUUUGUCAACAACAACGUUGUCGGGGGAGGAUCACGAUGGACGCUUUGCCCAAGAUUAAAUGCUCCGACUGCCAUGCGGAAGUCGAGCUCGUUGCCCUCGGAGACCAUGUUUGCUCAAAAGCCGCGGGUCCUACCGUGACAACUUCUCCCGUUGAAGAGCAAUUGUCAGUGGCAGAGUUCAACGAACACGGCCCGCCACCGAAACGGAGUCUCAGUCGUGAGUCCCUGUUUAACAGGUUAGGACGCGUGCAGCCACCUCCAAGGAUAGAUCCAACUGCUGCUAAUCGACCAUUUUUAUCACCUGGUGCUCAGAUGUCUCCUCACACGGGAAGUUCUGGAGCACUCACUCCACGGUCUGCCUCACCACUUUCACCCCUCCAGCAGCUACAGCGAAGCCAUACCAGCCCUGUCGCCUCGCAAUCCUCAGUUGUUGCGGUUGUACCUGAAGGGAAGGCAAAUUUAGACUGUGCUUUCCCUCCUUUUCCUAGGUCGGCUUCUGCAGGCGGAUCAAAAGCGAAGAGGCUUGCAUCUAUAAGAUCCAUAAACACCAAUGUUUCUUCUCGCAGAGGGGUUACCUCUCCCUCAUCUUCAGAUGGAAGCUAUAUGUCCCCAUCGACGGAUGGCCGAAGUUCGCGUGCAACAACUAUCAACAGGCAUAGACGAGAGGCAUCGAUAGAUAGCAAGGCCUUCCAGCGCUUGUCCAUGACCAGCUCUAAAAAUGGACAUGGACUUCCUUCUCCGGUUUCACCCAGAGGAUCGUCGCGAAGCCGGUGUGAGGACCGGGGUAUUCCCCCGCCCCCGUCGGGGCCUGUUGCUAGCCUCGCCAGCAGUCCCGUGUUCACAUCCGGUAAUUCAGAGCCUUUUUAUUUUGGCAGCAACGAUAACAAUGAAAAUCACAAUCAGGAAAAAGAUCUUCCAGAAACCUCACCCCGGGACAAAGUACGACAACUAGAUGGCAUGGAAGGGCUGGAUUUCGGCUUUACUACGAGAACAAAAUCUCCUGAAAUGAUGGACGUCGAUAACAAACUUGAAAACAUAGAGGAAGAUGAUUCGGAAAAAGCUCCAGACAGCCCGGGCCCGUCUGUCUCGGAGUACAAAAUCGAAAGGGAGUCCUCCGUCUCAAAUUUUGCCAGCGGCCUUGGUAUCAGCGAUCCAUAUCACACCACCAAUGAUUCUACUUCGUCUUCCGACUCAUCACCGUCGGAGACUCCCUCGAACAGCUCUUUCUCAAGCAGGCCAUCUGAGUUCUCCAACAUUUCCGAACCUAAGUCAAGCUUGUCGGAGAAAUACAAUGUCGAUCAUCUGCGUCUCCUCCAAGAAGAGCCGCCAACCCGACCAAAAGUAGAUCCCUUCGCUUACGAACUCGAUUCUCCAACCGAUCCUCUCUUCCAGCAAGGUCGACUUUCCAAUCCUCCGGCUAAUACUUUCCCUUCGAACUCAAAGACAACAUACAGUACCCCAUCAACACAGCUCGAGCCAGCACAGCCAAAGAAAUACACCCCAUACCGCUCCCCUACUCAAUCCCUUAACCCACAAUCCUCAACCUUCGAACAGCAGCAGCAGCAACAACAACAACAAUCUCCGUUUUCACCACCGCUACAGCCCGAAGUACAACAAGAACCACAGCAGGUGCGAGAGCAGCAGCAGCGACCUCCCCCAGUGCCGGAAGAUGGAUCAGCAGCCCAACCACUACCUCCAUCCCGAUCCGCAACUCCCGGGAAACGCCGCCAUGCCUGCCGUGGUUGCGGCGAAAUUAUUACCGGAAAGUCAGUUUCCUCAGCAGAUGGCCGCUUGACGGGCCGUUAUCACAGGUCUUGUUUUGUCUGCCAUACCUGUCAUGCCCCCUUCCAAACAGCAGACUUUUACGUGCUUAACAAUCAUCCAUAUUGUGCGGCAGAUUACCACAGGCUAAAUGGCACCCUGUGUGCAGAGUGCGGUGAAGGGAUUGAAGGCCCUUGUCUCGAAGCAGAGGACAUCAACCCAUCGAACGGAGUUGGAAUUGAUUCGAGCAAGAAGAGCCAAAAGUUUCAUCCAGGCUGUUUCAAGUGCCGCACCUGUCACAUCGUACUCAGAGGCGACUACUUUGAGUGGAACGGCAGCGCGUACUGUGAGCGUGACGGUAGAAGGGCGGCAGGUUUGAUGCCUCCUCCACGAUCGCUAGUUUUCCCUCCACCACAUGGUUACCAGGGCCAUCCGCCUCCGUCCAUGGGUCCUCCAUGUCCGGGGCCUGGCCCAGGAUACAGGAGGCCACCGCCCCCUUCAUCACCACUUGCAGGUCCACGGCAAGGCGGUCGUGGUGACCCUCGUUACCGACCUAUGAAUCCAUCAUCUCUUCGACCAAGACCCGAUAAACAUAGACCACACCCAUCCGAACACCAGUUCGUUAAUUCGUCACUAACUCCAGCACCUGGACUCGAUAACGGACCAUACCCUUCCACUAGAAAAUUUCCGGAACGACGGACAACAAAGCUGAUGAUGGUAUAAUAGAAGAUAGCUUCUCAUUACAUACACCUAUCCGAUCGAAAUCUUACCUCAAUUAAUACCUCGCCUUUUUCCCUUUCUCAAUCCAUGAAUAUAAGUGCCAUACUAUAUACGCCUUGCUAUGCUGUGCUAUGUGAUAUAACUGACGGCGGGACAACAAAAUAUUUACUACCGUUUCUGCUCUCCUACCCUGAGAUCGGAUGAAUUAUUGUUUAAUGUUUUUCUGUUUAAUUUUUAGUGCCUGCACUUUGAUACUUUUCCUUUCGGUGGUUUCUUGCCUUACCUUCUUGACUUGACCCUUGACUCGACUUUUCUUUUCCUUUGCUCUCUGGGCUUUCUUCAUGAUAUCCAUUGCAUUCACUUCUGUUCUAUUCCCGCCUU